GUUUUGUGGUAUUUUUAUCAUGUUUCACUUUCAGUCUUUUCAGUUUUCUAACUAAUUUAACUUAAAAAUAUAAAAAAAACUGCAAACUGCAAAGCCAUAUAAUGAAUAUUCAAAAUAAGUCCACCGCGCUAUCGGCGGAUCUAAACAGUUUUAUUUACGGUGUAUCGCGAAGAAAUUUUCAAAAUGCUCCCGACUUAACUAAAAUCGGUAUUUCGUUGCUAAAAAACUUCCCGGCAGCUAGAGAUGCAGUGUUAGAAUACUUUGCAAUGGUGUUCCGUGAUGCAGUUAACGUAUCCAUUAACCAAGCGGACUAUGAGCCUGAUGCAUCUAACAAUGGUUCGCUAGAGAGUGUAAGCAUGAUUGGCCCAGAACUCAGUAGCUUGGGUGAAUCCUGGGCACCAUUCAUUGCUCCAUGGUGUAUCAACCUCAUUAUGGACAUAGCUACAGAGAAGGCCAACUUACAAAAUACCACACUGCAGAAUACAGAAGCUGUUAGAGUGCUGUUAGAUAUCACUACACAAAAUCUGACAUUACUGAAUGCAGAGGAAAGAGCCAAAUGUAUUGACAUGAUGCUAGGUUGUCGAGCAUGCUCAUGGGCGGUGGGUUGGGUGGGUCGCGCCGAGCCAGCGUUGGUCGCUCCUCGAGCCUUGACCCUCAAUGCUGACGCUGCUCGCGCCGUGUUGGCUCAUUUGGCCAACCAUCCUCCUGCAUUGGCCCAUGUAAGGGCAGCUUUAGUGGAUCUAUUUCAGGAAGCGAUCAAGGAGGACAGUAAGGCAGAGUCAAAGCGCGAUGUUAUUCCUUAUUUAUUGACCCUUGCAUCAAAAUCGGACAUUGUAUUGAAGGCACUUACCCAGGACAUUGAGAGAACUUUGACGGAUGAAGUGAUGGAUAGGUUGAGUGUAGUAUGCAACGCUCAUCGACACAGCGGAGCGUGGGAAGGCGUCGGGCCCGCUUCGCUCGUAGCGUUGCUUCUGAGGUCCGACGUCCAUUGCUUCUUAUUGCUUCUGAAGCAUGCACAGAGGAAUAUAUUUUGCAGACAGUUAUUAGAAUACCUUCUUCAAAAGUUAGAAUACGAAAGUCUAUUCCCGGAUUCCAAUCUGCCGCUUGUGAUGAGCGCAGCAGAAGAAAUCAGUAUUGUGAGAGAGAAACUGUUGACAGGCAACCAGUUGGAGCAGUAUUCUAUUGCAAGAAUACUUAUUAUAGUCAGUUACAACCUCCCCUCGGAAUUCGUGAGCACAAUUAGCUACCUCCUCCAAUACUCUCGAAACGAUACUACCCUAGCUCUCUUAGUGCGAAUUAUAUCAGGUACAAUAACCCUUCAUACCCCGGCGGACUGCCCCGAUGUUAAUAUGGACACAGAGAGAUACCAAGGCUUCAUAAAAACUGGGGUAGAGUAUGCUUUGAGAGACGCCAUGAUAUCGGAUACACAAGUCAAUAAAUGCUUUGUACAAGGCACAUAUUGUGGGGAGUUAAAAACAAGUCUGUAUUACUACUGUGCUAACAUUGUAAAGCUUUUAAGGUGGGAGAAUUCAACCCGCGUAUUACAUUUGCGCACUCGACCAAUCGGCCGGGCUGUCGAAGCGAACUUGUACCGAAUAGGCGGUGCGCUGCAAGAUUACGCUUCUCUAUUGCGGAUACGGAGUUCCUGUACCCUGGCUGACUUGGAUGAAAUGCCUACUUGCCAUGCUUUGGCUGAGGUACUGGACAAAGUGGACAUGUCUGGCACUAAGUCUCCGCCGCCCAGUGUGGAAGUUAUCUUGAAAGUUGUUCAGGCAACUGUUAAAUAUUUCUUCAGAUGUCUACAUGAAGAAGAAAUUAUGGCCAAACUCCGUGGUGUACAGACCGCAAGUCGUCUAUUACGUAAGCUAUGUCUACACAGUAAGCUCGCGCGGGCAGUGGCAUUGCGGGAUUUGCUAGAAACUGCCAUGUUCAGAGAAGACAAGAUCUUUGGCAGCCGGACUGUGGUGGCCAACACCGUCGCCGCGCCGCGAGAAUGGAGCCGCGACGAGCUGCUUAUACAUAUGAACCAGAAACACGGUCCCAUAACGCAACUAACGCAGAGUCACACGUCAGUAUUUCACGCGGGCAUCAUCGGCAAAGGAGUGCGGAAGCAUGGCAGCCAGGAUGAAAACGACAUACCGCCUAUACUUACCACCAAUAAUGAACUGCUGAUGGGAGCGCUUAUGUCUUGUAUGGACGGGAACAGUGGAGUGGUGGAAGGUGCCACGUCGAUAUCUUUGCUGCUAGUGGAGCUGGUGUCCCCUGAUGUCAUGUAUAAUGGACUGCCCUGGCCUGAUGAGGAUUUUACUAAGCAAGUGAGUAUUGAGCGCGAGCUGUACAUGCGCUGUGCCGUGGAGCGCUGUGGCGUGUCCCGAGCUGCGCUGCGACGCGUGGCCCGUGCGCGCCCGGCUUUAUGUCUCGCUUCGGCGUUGCUCAGGGCCACCGCCGCGUCUCUGUUGCAUCGACUAAGGGCUCAUUUGGACAGACACAAGCAAUCAGCAGAAAUGGCGCACGAGUUGAUCGCGCUAAUGGAACUCCUCUCCGUUAUGACAUUGGGACAGUUACUACCACAUCCGCUCAGCCACAUACUGGAGUUAUCGCCUGAACUUACUGCCAAUGAGACUGUGCAGGUUCUAAGAGAUUGCAUAUGGAAUUACACGCGAGACCACGUGCCUUCGCCUGCGCUAUUCUCUUGCGAUUCCACAGGUCUGCAUUGGCGGGAUCCGUCCACCUGCAAGCCCCCAGCCACUUACACAGAUACGCUAAGAAUAAUCAUACAGAAAAGAAUAUCUAAAUUAGGUCACAUGUACCCUAUCAUGUUUUUAAAUCUCGAGAAAUAUAAUGUUUAGAUAUAAAGUGAAGUUGUGUGUAAAUAUUUGUGAUAUAAUAUAAUAGUUACUUAUAAAAUACUUAUUAUAUGUUUUAAGAAAUAAAGUGCCUAAGUAUAAAA